GUCAUGCGGCCGCCGCCGUAGGCAGCCGCCAGCUACGCUAACGUAGGCUACGCCGUUUCCGUAGAUGCCGGCGCUAUUCCGCAACGCGCAUACGCUACCGUGAAGCGAAACGCUCGGCCAUGCAGCCUGCGUUACGGAAACAGCGCAAAGGGGUGGCCUCUUUCCCUGUUCUCUCAGGGACGGCCUUUUUGUCCCACGUUAGCCGGGAUUGAGUCGGGACGGUGGCGGGAGGAGAGGCGCUCCGCCUGGGCUCGGAGGGAGGGAUCCGCGCCCGCCUUGAGCCUCCACGGAGAGGGCGGGAGAGGACGAAACUGCCGUCCGGGCCUUUCCGGCGGCUGAGCGAUCUCUGGAGAUUUUUGGCGCCGGUGGAAGUAGGGAGAUAAUUUACAGUUUCACAGUGAUGUUUAGAAGAUCCUCUUAUGGGGUCCCCCAUGGAGAUUGUGUGAAAAAUAGCUUUGGAGGGUCCCUGAUUAUCUUUGGACUCUAAAACCCAGUCUGAAAGACUAGGGCCUCCCUUCUUUCCUUACACAGAAUCUGUCUGGAUCUACUUCUUCCUCAAUCCCCACCUUUCACCAAUGAGAAGAGACCCUUUGGACCAUACAGAUAACACACAUCUUGCAGCCUUUGCUUUGGCUUCAGAGCAGCAGCCAUGUGGCACAAGUCCGUGUGCGUGGCUUUGGUGGCCCUGGCAACGGGCUACGUCUUCCUGCUGGAUCCCGAUCUGCCGGACUCGGUGGUGGAGUACUUCUCAGCCUCCUUCAUGUACCAACUGCGGGGGGAUCUCACAUCCCCCGAGAGCAGCAUCGCCACUGCCUGGGACUCGCUUAUCGUUCAGCCGACUAAGCAAUGGAGCAAAGUUGCUGUUGGGGUUAACGCCUGCGUCGAUGUUGUCCUUUCGGGUGUGAGGUUGUUGCAAGCCCUCGGUCUCGAUUCCGGAGAGGGACGAGACCACUCGGUCUUACAUUCCACGACAGAUUUGAAAGAAGCCUUUGCCCACUUCAUGGGGAAGGGCGCUGCCGCGGAGCGGUUUUUCAGCGAUGCGCAGUCUUUCCACCACGUCGCACGGACUGCUUUAGAGUAUCCUGAAGCACAGCUGUACAUGGGAGGAAACGCUGCUCUGAUUGGUCAGAAAAUUGCAAUGAAUCCAGACCUGAAGGUUCUGUUGUGUGGCCCGAUUGGACCUAAACUUCACGAGCUGCUGGAUGAAAACAUCGUUGUCCCUCCGGAAUCCAUGCAAGAGUUGGAUGAAUUUCAUCUUAUUCUGGAGUAUCGAGCAGGUGAAGAGUGGGGGCAGCUGAGAGCCCCGAACGCCAACCGCUUCAUCUUCUCCCACGACUUGUCGAAUGGGGCCAUGAACAUGCUGGAGAUCUUUGUGUCCAGCCUGGAGGAGUUUCGGCCAGACCUGGUGGUGCUUUCUGGCCUUCACAUGAUGGAGGGCCAGAGCAAGGAAGAACGCGAGAAAAGGCUCCUGGAGGUGGCGGCCGCCAUCUCUGACAUUCCGACAGACGUCCCCGUGCACUUGGAGCUGGCCAGCAUGACAGACCCGGACCUUAUGAGCGAGAUAAUCCAUCAGCAGGUCUUCCCUCUUGUGGACUCCAUCGGCUUGAACGAGCAGGAGCUGCUCUUCCUCUCGCAGGCCGCCGCUGGACCUCACGCCUCGCUGGCAUCCUGGAACGGAACCCCGGACGUGGGAGCCGUCGGCGACAUCCUCUUCUGGAUCCUGAAGGAGCACGGGAGGACUCCGAAGAGAGCAUCCGAUCUCACUCGGAUCCACUUCCACACGUUGGCCUACCACAUCCUGGCUACCGUGGACGGCUACUGGGCCAACCAGGUUGCGGCUGUCGCCGCGGGGGCCCGGGCGGCCAGCACGCAAGCUUGUGGCACGGAAACGAUUGACGCGAGCAGGGUCUUCCUGAAAGCCCCCCGGGAGUUUGCCACUUCCCAAACGGGGGAGUCUUUCACCGUCUCCUUCAAUCCUAGCGAACCGGUGUCAGAGUGGCACAAAGACGGCAUCUCGUUCCACUACACUCCGGUGCUGGUGUGCAAAGACCCCCUGCGGACUGUUGGCCUCGGUGAUGCCAUUUCUGCCGAAGGCCUCCUUUAUUCGGAACUCCCUUCUCAGUAGCCUGCACGGAUCUCCCUGUGACAGUCUUGAACGGCGCCGUUCGGGCGCUCUGUGGAAGAACCAAAGAUUAAGUCGGGCCCAGCCUAGUGGCCCGGUGGGAUCACGGGGGUGCUUAACAGGAAGGCGCUCAUGUCACAGGACCACCUCCCCCCCACCCUCACCCCAGAAUGGCCACUUAAAACCAAAGCAGCUACUGCUUUAAGCCAGUCGUUCGCUUAAGAGCUGCGCACCACACUGAGACGACGUGCGUGUGUGACGCCUAGUUAUCCCAGGGAGUCUGUCAACGCGUCAGCACGUCACAGCUGUCUUGUUUCAGGGAAGGCAGAAGGCGGUUGCGUUCCUGCUUUGUGUUGCGACGUUCCUAAAAUGGCCAGCGCCGGCCUCCUCGUUCCUGUGGCGGUACAAUCACUUCGUCCCCUGCACCCUUUUGGCCAGCAUUCCACCACACGGACGGUCCUCGGAUACAUCCUGUCAGCCGUGGACAAGAGGGAAGGCACUUUGAAAGUUUCAGGGAGACAGGAAGUGCCAUUCCCUGCAAGGAAGGUCAGUGGUGACACCCACAAAGCAAGCUAAGAAAAUUAAGCUUUGACUGAGUGACUUGAUUGACUGUACUACCCCGGCUGGCGGUAUUCUGCUGUUGCUUUGUUUCAUCACUACUGGCGGACAUACCUGUUUGCUGGGAAGCUGCUGCAUUGCUGCAAGGCAGUAACUGGAGGCUGUCAAGACCGACACGAACGAAGGCAGAGCUAUCUGAUCCUUUUACUCAGCAGCUUGUAGAAGGUGGGGCUAACGGCAGGGGCACCUAACCUGGGGCAAGUGCCAAAGAACCUCAACGCACUCCAAAAACACGGCCAGGACUCCUCGUUUGUUCCCGAUGAAUGUCAGCUUUUCCGGCCAAGGGGAAAAUGAGAUAAAAGACGUGCGCUUCCAUUCCGGACUUUCCUCUCCUGGCAUUCGAUUACAGGGAUCACAUGGCCUGCAGGCAAGCAUUUCUCCAGAGCUCAGGAAAUUGCCUCUGGCCGUUGUGUACAGAUCGUUGUGUACUUGUGUGUGUGUAUUCUGUCUCUUCCAUUCCACUCCUCUUUCUUUCUUGUUGCAAAGGUGCAGAUGUACACAGAACUCUGCAGGGCCUGAGAUGUGCCCCCCGAUAGCUUGAGCAAUGGGUUCCCAGCGACAGAUCCCCAUUCAGUCAAGAUGCUCGCUGUUGGGCCUCGCAGGGAAGUUGUCUUUCGCUCAACCCCGUCCUACCUCAUGCGCUUAGCUUUCUAAGCUCUGCCCUGAGUCCUAGAAAGGGAGGGUGAAAUUUAAACUCAAUCAUUCAGCUUCAAAAAACCUUUAAUGGCAUAAAUGAAACCCAAC